AUGAGCAACACAGAAACAAUUCCUCCUACAGAAGACAGACCUGAAUCUAUAACAGAUAAAGAGAGAGAUAAAUCAAAACUAGUGUCAGUGAUGGAGGGAGACUCUGUCACUCUUAACACUGAUCUUACUCAAAUACAUCAAAAUGAAGAAAUAUGGUGGAGAUUUGGAGCUGACAAGUCUCUCAUAGCUAAAAUCACAAGAGAGAAAGAAGUCCAUGAUAAGAGAUUCAGAGACAGACUGAAGCUGGAUCAUCAGACUGGAUCUCUGACCAUCACAAACAUCACAACUCAACACGCUGGACUCUAUGAACUAAAGAUUAGAGGAAGACAGUCAACAAAAUCAUUUAAUGUUUCUGUCUUUGCUCAUCUGUCUGUUCCUGUCAUCAGCAGUAACUCUUCCCAGUGUUCAUCAUCAACUUCAUCAUCAUCAUCAUCUUCAUCAUCACAGCAGAAUUGUUCAUUGUUGUGUUCAGUGGUGAAUGUGGGUCAUGUGACUCUCUCCUGGUACAAAGGAAACAGUUUAUUGUCCAGCAUCAGUGUGUCUGAUCUCAGCAUCAGUCUCUCUCUACCUCUGGAGGUGAAAUAUCAGGAGAAAAACAGCUACAGCUGUGUGAUCAACAAUCCCAUCAGAAACCAGACCACACAUCUCAACAUCACUCAACUCUGUCAACCAUGUGAAGGUAUGGCAGCUCUGUUUUUAUGUUCAUAUUCACUUAUGAAUGUCUCUCUUCAUCAUCAUACCACUCUUCUUCAUGUCUUCCAGGAGGCUCAGUCUCUCUGA